CAAACAGAUUGUCUGUCUGGAUUUGAACCUAGGGUGUUUUCUGGAAUUCAGCCAACAGGAAUUCCUCAUAUUGGUAAUUAUGCAGGUGCUGUCAGUAACUGGGUGAAGCUCCAGCAUCAAUAUCCAGACAAUAUUUUGCUCAGCAUUGUUGACCUUCAUUCCAUCACUUUGCCACAGAAUUGUGAACACUUAAGACAGAACACCCUUGACAUGACAGCUUGUUUGUUAGCGUGUGGUAUUGAUCCAGAAAAGACCAUUCUUUUUCAGCAGUCAUUGGUGCCUGCUCACACUGAACUGGCAUGGAUCUUGUCCUGUCUGUGUACAGUUCCCAGGCUGCAGAGGCUUCCUCAGUGGAAGGAAAAGAAAGAAAAAGUAAAGGACCCCAGUGUUGGUUUACUCACGUACCCAGUUUUGCAGGCUGCUGACAUAAUGCUGUACAAAGCAUCACUUGUACCAGUGGGAGAAGAUCAAAUCCACCAUAUUGAAUUGACAAGAGACUUGACUCGAGAAGUGCCUAAAAUUCGGAGUUUACGCAAUCCACUGAACAAAAUGAGCAAGUCGGAUGUUAAUGUGAACAGCCGAAUAGAACUUCUGGACACACCUGACCAGAUCAAGGAGAAAAUAAAGAAAGCUGUCACAGAUUUCACUUCAGAAGUGACAUAUGAUCCUGAAAACCGGCCUGGAGUGUCUAAUCUUGUUGAAAUUCAUAUGGCAUUGACUGAAUUGUCUGUAGACGAAAUUGUGGAAGAGUCAUUUCUUUGUGCUGAGAAUACAGACAUGUAUAAGCAACGACUGGCAGAGGUGAUCAUUGAAAAAUUAUCUCCUAUCAGGGCACAGGUAUUGAGAUAUCAGAAAGACCCUAAAUAUCUCUUGGAUGUUUUACACAGUGGAGCAGCAAAAGCUUCAGUUCUUGCUGACAAGACAAUGACUGAAGUGAGAAGACUUGUUGGUCUAAGAUAA